GUAGUUGAUCUAGAAGUGUUGGAGAGAUGACAGAAAGAUAGGGAUGGUGUUGAUCUAUCUGAUUGGUUUAAGAGACAUCUGGAUACUGUGUAUCAGAAUUUUGUGGCCGUCUACACAUAUGGUUCAAAAGAUCCAAGGACAGGAUGUACUGGGUCAGCAUUUGUAGUGCAGGAAUGUGGGGGAGAGUCAGGAAACGUAUUACAGAUCAGCUGGCUGUAUAUUUAGUGGAGAUGAUGGCCAUACUGUUGGCCUUGCAGUGGGUGGAGGAAGUUAAGCCAGAAAGAGUAGUUAUUUGCUCUGAUUCAUGUGCAGUGCUAAGGAGUAUCCAGUCCUUUUAUAUCACGUAGCAGACACAACCUGCUGUAUGAGGCGCUACAAACCCAUGGCAGGAGUAAACAAAUGGGUAUACAGAUAAUAUUUACAUGGGCCCCAGCUCAUGUGGGAGUGUAAGGGAACGAGGCAGUUGAUGUACUGGCUAAACAAGCACUAAGUAGUCGGGAUGUUGAUGUGGUAGAUUCAAUGAGCAAGGCAGAGGCAAAAAGCCUGAGUGAUGGUGGAGAAAUGGUAGGAGCAGUGGAAUAGAGAUACUAAGGGCAAGAUUUUAUUUCAAGUACAGAGGAAAGUUGGGGAGGGGAGAGCGGCAAGAAUAUUUACAACAUUAAUGGUGGGACACAGCCAGUUGAAUAAGACCUUACAUGUGAUAGGAAAGUAUCUAACAGGAAAAUGUAUUGCCAGGAAACAGACCGUGGAGCAUGUAUUGAUACAGUGCAGACAUUAUUGGAGGGAAAGAGAGAGGUUGAGAUCUAGUAUGAGAGAGAAGGGGAUACAGAACAUUUGUUUAAAGAGUAUAUUGAGUAGAACGUCAUUAGAUAUAGUCUCAAAUAUUUUAUAUUUUUUAAGAGCAAUGGGGCUGGCAGGUAGGAUUUAGUUUCUCCCUGUCUCUGGCCCACACUCCAAAACAGUAGGUGGCGGUAAUGCACCAUAACGUUGGAUGCCAACCGCCGAUAAACCCCACCGAAGAAGAAUGGAUGUCUGUGGGCGGAGUCAGUCUGCUUACUGUUGAUCACCAGAGGGCACUGUGGCAAAAUGAAUGCACUCUACUCAAACGUCUAUGGUAGUACACCAGGUCAAAGGUUACCAGCGGCAGUUUUUUUUUGUUGCAACAACUAACGCAGUAUCCAGAUGUUUCAAUCCUGAACCAAGCAUAGAACAAUGGAUUGAUACAAAAAUCGGAUUUCCCUCUAUGGCGAAAAUGAAUGGGCACCCGAGACAGUAACGACCGAAAUUUAAUGCAUGAGGGAUCCAGUGGACGCUUGCCCCAAACAAGAUGAGGAGACUAGUGUCCCGGAAGAAGGCUCUAACCCUGGUGAAGGAGCUGGAUGCAUUCCCUAAGGUUCCAGAGAGCUAUGUGGAAACCACAGCCAGUGGGGGAACAGUGUCCCUGAUAGCCUUCACAGCCAUGGCUCUGCUGGCUUUCCUUGAGUUCUUUGUCUAUCGAGACACAUGGAUGCAGUAUGAGUAUGAAGUUGAUAAAGACUUCUCCAGUAAAUUAAGAAUAAACAUAGACAUCACAGUUGCCAUGAGGUGUCAAUUUGUAGGUGCAGAUGUCCUAGACUUGGCAGAGACCAUGGUAGCUUCAGAUGGCCUACAUUAUGAGCCAGUCACCUUUGACCUCUCUCCUCAGCAAAGGCUGUGGCACAGAACUCUGCUGAUGAUCCAGGACCGUCUUAGGGAGGAACACUCGCUGCAGGAUGUGAUCUUCAAGACAGUCCUGAAAGGAUCCCCCACCGCCCUUCCUCCCAGAGAGGACAGCCCCUCCCAGUCGCCUGCGGCCUGCAGGAUACACGGCCAUCUUUAUGUCAACAAGGUGGCUGGCAACUUCCACAUCACUGUGGGCAAGGCUAUCCCACAUCCUAGAGGCCACGCCCAUCUAGCGGCCCUCGUCAGCCACGAUACAUACAACUUCUCCCAUCGCAUCGACCAUCUGUCGUUCGGAGAGGAGAUCCCAGGGAUCAUCAACCCUCUGGACGGGACAGAGAAAGUCUGCACUGACCAUAAUCAGAUGUUUCAGUACUUCAUCACCAUAGUGCCCACUAAACUGAACACCUACCAGAUCUCAGCAGACACAAACCAGUACUCUGUCACCGAAAGGGAGCGGGUGAUCAACCACGCGGUGGGCAGCCACGGAGUAUCUGGGAUCUUUAUGAAGUAUGACAUCAGCUCGUUGAUGGUGAAAGUCACCGAGCAGCACAUGCCCCUGUGGAGGUUCCUCGUCAGGCUUUGUGGCAUCAUCGGAGGCAUUUUCUCCACCACAGGUAUGAUCCAUGGAAUGGUGGGCUUCCUGGUGGACGUCAUCUGCUGUCGCCUCCAACUAGGAGUCUACAAACCCCGGGAGAUGGGCCUGCUGGACGACCAUGUAAAAAACGAAGCCCCUGCCCCACCCCUGGAAGCUACAGAAAACCACACCCACUGACAGGACUCCCUAGGGCAGGGAUCAUCAACUAGAUCAGGGCUCUCCAACCCUGUUCCUUGAGAGCUAUCCUCCUGUAGGCUUUCGCUCCAACCCCAGUUAACUGAUCUGGUUCAGCUUUUCAACAACUAAUUAUUAAGAAUCCGGUGCUCUAGAUUAGGGUUGGAGCAAAAAACUACAGGAAGGUUUUUUCUUUUUCUUGAGCGGAUGGUCAGGGGGCGGGAACAUAAUUGUAAAUUGACCUGAAUAAUAAUCAUUUUAAACCUCGCUUACGAUCACAUAUCUCUCUAUAAUGCGUGGGAAUACUUUGGAACUUAUUUUUUUCAAAAUUAAAAUGACUUGAAGCUGAUUUUCUGGUGUUUUUACAGUCAUUUUGUCCAACAAAAUAUUGGGGGAGGGGGACAAAUAAAAUCCCUCGUGUGAAUUGGAUCCCAAUUCAUGGAUGCCAAGAAAGCAAGGCUUCCCCCAC